AUGCACUCUGCCGAUGAGGUUAUCCGUGCAGCUAAAAUUAUCUCAUCUGCAUUACCAACCCUAACAGAAGAGCUGCUUUCAACCCAUCGCCGAGAGCUACAGUUUGCAUUUGAUCGCCUAGAGCAUGUCCUACGCUCUGAAAUCUCGAUAAGCAAUGCCACGCAAGAGCAAAACAGCUCGCAAUCACCUCAUAUGUUACCGAUGGAGCCUUGCUUUGGACCUUCGAUCAAUGGAGAUAGCCACAACGCCUUCGAGUAUAUCCGUUCUGAAGGAUCUAGGCACCUAAACAAGCAACCAGUGCAAGAGCAGCCAAUGUCAGAGCAAUCAAUGCCAGAACAACCAAUGCCAGAACAACCAAUGCCAGAACAACCAAUGCCAGAGCCGCCGACACAGGAACAACCACAAGAGCAACCAACGUCAGAGCAACCAAUGCUAGAGCAGCCGACACAGGAACAACCACAAGAGCAACCAAUGCCAGAACAACUACAAGAGCAACCAAUGCCAGAGCAACUACAAGAGCGACCAAUGCUAGAACAACCACAAGAGCAACCAAUGCCAGAACAACCACAAGAGCAGCCGAUACAGGAACAACCACAAGAGCAACCAAUGACAGAACAACCACAAGAGCAGCUGACACAGGAACAACCACAAGAGCAACCAAUGCCAGAACAGCCGACACAGGAACAAACAGCACAAGAAAUUCAAGUAUCAGAUGGACUCCCAAGACAGCCUGCAGGGCGAAAAGGUCUAACACAGGAGGAUUAUCUAAGUACCAUGAUGAAGAUGCUCGAAAAGGAUGUCAAAAAAAUCAAAUCGUUCAGCAACAAAAGUGAAGCACAUGCUGUUUUGUAUGGUGAGAAUUGGAGCCACAUGGAUCCUCUCGAAGUUGAUAUCCAGCUAUCUUUGCGUGGUUGCUCUUUAGCCCAAAAGUUUCGUGCAAUCCUUGCUCGGUACAUAUUCGCCCAGAAAUAUUUGGACUGGGCUGAAACCACAUAUGAGCUCCCUCGGGUUUCGUUUUUGCUUCUGGACGCAAAAGGCGCAGAUUCCAAACGAAAAGACAGUUACAUACGUAAUUAUCUGGGUGCUAUCGAUCGAAGCAGUACUGGAAACCAAAGAUCGGUCCAAAUCGGUGUGAAAAUGCACUCAUUCGAGCAUAUAUACGGAAAGAUAGGGACCUUCUCCUUUCUCUUCUAUGUGUACUCCUAUUUCCGAGGGCUAAAGUACUCAUCUUUGAAAUGCCUGGCCGACUUAAUUCGCGACUCUCCGAUAUGGUCUGAGCUUGCAGAAACAAGUGAAGGAUGGUUUAAAAAUUGUGUAUUACUAUACAAAAAGGAUUGUGCUGAAUAUCGAAAUCAACGCGGUCAAAAGCGACCCAUUGACUCUGACGGUCUUGAGGAAAGCCAGAACAAGCGCACAGAGCUAGACUUUGGCACCUUGAUGUCUCAAACAGAUAACGCCAAUGUCGAAGACGAUGCUAGGAUAGGCUUGAAUGCUAGCAUCCCACCUUAUGCCGAUUUGAACUCAAUAUUUCUAGAUGAGAAUGGGGUAUUGAGAGGGUUUGAUCCCUUUGUUUCAGAUUUCGGUUUCCUUGAAUCCCUGAAUGGGCUUGAGAAUUUCCAGCUAAUUGAAGCCGGACCAGAGGCCAACUUCAGUUCGCAAGAUAAUGGAGUAGGGGUUCCCUUAUCUAUCUCUGAAACCGUUUGUUAA